GGACACCGUCCUUCCUGAUGUGGGUGUGGUCAUUUACACACAGAUGACUACACAAAUAUGGAGACUCUGCUCUAAUCGGACUCCUUUAAAGAACUAAAACUGCUUUAUAAUCGGAUUAACAUCAGUGAAGCGGAGCUGUGAUGUUCUGUCAGGAUGGGAAAUCUGUUCGGAAAGAAGAAACAAACUCGAGUGACCGAACAGGACCGAGCGGUUCUGGUGAGUCUUAGUGGGUCAGAGAGUCUGUUAGCUUUAGCAGAUCUGAUCCGGACCGAGAUCAGACCGGACUCUAGAGAGGUUCUGAUCACAAAACUGAGAGAAUUCAACAAACCUGAGGAGCAGGAGUUUAUUAAAGUCACAAAAACAGAGAAGUGAGGUUAAAACAGAGAGAGAGAGAGAGUCAGGUUCUCUACAAAAACAGUCAGAGUAGGGGAGACCGGGGUAGGAUGAACCAAAGGGUGAGUUCAUGUUGAAACAUGGAUCAUCUGACCCCACUCUCCCCUAAACCUGAGUGUUUAAAAGAACCUGUCUGGACUCUAAAGUUAAGCUUAAUAAUUCACAUUAACAUGUUUGUUUUAUAUUUUAUCUUUAAUUCAUUUUUACAUCAGUAUUAAUCCAUACAAACUUAAAAUCGUCACCUUCCUGUGUAUAAAUCAUCUUUUUAAAACAGAUUGUGAACUGAAGACUCUGUCCUUGUAUUUCUUAACUCGUAUAUCUUUGUUGUAUUUACUCCUUAAAGCACUUGGAUUCACCUCAGUGUCAGAAAAAACUUUUAACUUUAAAAUUAAACUAUAAUUAUUUAUUGAUGAUUCUGCAGUUUUUGUUUGUUUGUCUGCAGUUUUUUUCUGCAGUUCCACCAAAGAGUCUAAAUAAGGAACCACAUGAUGAUUUUAACAGAUUAGUUUGUAUAAAUUAUUGGUUUGUUUGCACAUAAAUAUAUAUGUAAUUUAGUCACGUCUUUGUCGUCGUUGCAGCAACUGAAACAGCAAAGAGAUAAACUGAGGCAGUACCAGAAGAAAAUCAACCUGCAGCUGGAGAAGGAGCGACUGUUGGCCAAGCAGCUGCUGAAGGAUGGAAAGAAAGAGUGAGUGAAAUAAGGAGAAAAUAAUAAUCCUGCAAUCAUGGAUUAAUCCUCCGAAAACAGCUGAGAGUGUGACAGAGUGAAAUCCUCCAACAACCUCCUCCUUAUUGAUCGUUUGUUGCUCCUAAUUUCUCCUCAUCUGUCCGUCUCGUAGUAAAGCCCUCCUCCUGCUGAAAAAGAAGCGAUACCGGGACCAGCUCCUGGAGAAGGCGGAGAACCAGAUCGGGAACCUGGAGCGCCUGGUGAGUGAACGAACAUCUACGUGUUUCUGCAGAUCUUCAACAAAAACUCACUGACUGUUUCUUUUCUCCUCUUCAGGUCCAGGAUCUGGAGUUCGCUCAGAUCGAGAAGAAAGUCAUCGACGGGCUGAAAGUUGGAAACGAUUGUCUGAAGAAAAUGCACGAGGUAAAAACGAUCUCAGGAGGCUUUUCUUCGUCUCUUCUCUGUUAUCGGCUCGUGUUGACGGUUUUCUCUGGCGUUAGGUGAUGUCGAUCGAAGAGGUGGAGCGGAUCAUGGAUGAAACUCAAGAUGCCAUCGAGUACCAAAGGGUAGGUCUCCUCCUUCUUCUUCUUCUUCUUCUUCUCGGUAUCCUCUGAAGUUCUUGUUGAAGUCUUUGCAUUUUCCUCCAAUCUGAUCUCCACCAUGAGUCCAUCUCGAGUUUUUCUCUUCCUGCAGCAAAUCGACGACAUGCUGGCCGGCUCUUUAACUCAGGAGGAUGAAGAUGCGGUUCUGGCAGAACUGGAGGCCAUCACUCAGGUGGGUCUGAUUCUGAUCUCUGUGGAGAUGUUGUUCAACUCCAAGGUUCUUAACAGAAGAGGUUUAGAAGAUGUCAGGAUGUUCCUGGUCUGGUUUCCUGUCUGAUCUGUCCUCCUGAACUCUUCCUCAGGGUGACGUCGAUCUUCCUGAAGUUCCUACAGAGGAGCUGCCAGAAGUCCCAGAGGAGAAGGAGAAGAAACCAGGUUUGUUUUCUCAGAUUCUCACGGAGAUGUGAUUCUCAGGAGAACUUAUCUUCACAUGAUAAUUACUCUGAAGGAGUUAAAAGGAGCUCCACCUCCAGGAGACAUUAGGUGGAGGUUCUCAGAAGUAUCGUGGACCUUCAGAUCUCACCCCUCUAACUGCUACCUUUCUCGUGUUUCAGAGAAGGAACGUGUCCGGAAGAAGCCGGAGCGUGAGCUGCUCGCCGCGUAGAAAGAUGGCUGACCUCCCCCGGCUGACCUCCUGGCUGCUGGACCUCUUCCACGAACCUUCAGUCCGACAUAAACCAAGACAAACUCUGACUGGAGAACUCUCACUCCUUCAUAGGUCGACCGUACCGACUCAGCAGAUUCAGGCCUUCCUCCAUUUCAUCCAGCAGCUGUUUGUCCACGUCGGCUGAAGGUGGAGGCGUGACGACGAUGGUCGUGAAGACCUGUGACAUCCGAUGAUUGUGCCUAACCUUCUCUCUGUAUUUACCACCAAAUCAUUUUAUUUUUACUUGGACUUUAAUGAAAUGAAGUUUUGUUUUAAUCUGAUUUUCAUCCAAUCAUAAUCUGUGUUUAUGUUCAGGGUCAGUUCACCAAACGAGUUUUUAAUCCGUGAACUUUUCUUCACUCAGUCUUUUUGGUUCCAUAUUCAGAUAUUUGUCACCUAGAUGUCUAACAGUAAGAACAUAGAUCUUGGUGCUUAAAUUGAGUUCAGCGUCAGUUCUGGUCCUCCAUAUUAAAGUCAAGCUCCGCCCUUAACGACAGCCCAUAAUAAGUGACCGCUCAGCUGAUGACCUUCAGGGUUUCAUAUCUUGGCAUUUUGUCGACACUCCUCGAACCCUGUUAUUGUUUACUUGUUUACUCCGCUGGUUUGCAGUCUGCUCCACCUUUUCAUGCUGGUCUCCUCUGUACUGGAAAUGAUGGUGGUGUUGUUCCACACCUGGAGGUCUUUGCUGCUGCUCUCCCGCCUUGAGUUUUUAUGGAUGGGUAUGAAAGGUGGAGGUGGUGUGCUGUCUCCACCUCAGGUGUCUGAUCUCACCAUCGUCACUGUUUCUUUACCUGCUUCCUUUUUGGACCUGGGGUUCUUUGCUGCUGCUCUCCCCGCCUUCACUUCCAUGUAUGGACGUGCAGCAGAGGGGGCGUGUCCUCUCUCUCUGCCCCGGGUGUCAGAUUCCACCUGUGUCGUAUUUAUUGAUGCUGAUAUCCGCUCUGUUCUGGACUCUGAGGUCUUUGCUGCUGCUCUCCCCGCCUCGGCUCAGACAGGUAAUUUCAGGAGAGCAUUCAGUGUAAGGUCUGCAACCGGGAUGUGAAGAAAAUGUCUUAAAUAAGAGAAAGAAAAAGGCCUUAAAGUAACACGCCUCAUUCAUCAGAUUUUUAUUUUCUGUUUUCACCGAUCUCCUCUGUAAGGUGUUCGAACUGUCCUGAGAGGAAAGGCUGAAGUCAAGAGAGAAAAUAACAUUUUAUUUUUAAUAUUUCCUAGAAGACACAUAAGAUUUCCAAAAUUUCUGUCUCAUAAAGUUCCCCGUAGUCCCCCACAGCUGUGGAGCUGAGUGACUGAUGUUUUGGUGAACUGACCCUGUCCUCGCCGGUUUGUCGAGGCCUCGUCUGACCCAGCCGAGUAAUUUGAACUUUCUCUAAAACACGGAGACAUUUGCAUAAGCGUCUGUUUCGCAAAUAUUCUCCCAGUGUGACCCCCUUUUGAGCAGCUCAGCUAAUCUAAUUCUCUGUGGAUUAGCUUAGUGUCACUGGAGAAAGGGCUAAUCAUAUCGUCUGUGGGUUUACCUGUGAAGCCCAGACAACACUUCCUAAUCUCUCCAAGGUAAUAACUCCACACGACCUGCUGGAGCUUUACCCUCCGAGUAUUAUCUCUACAGACGCCUGUAAUUAUUUUACUCUGCAUAUUCUGUUGUAAAGAGCUGAGACUGAGGGCCUACAUUAGUCCGGUCUAAGACUGAAGGCCUACAUUUGAGGAUCUUUGUUUCUAAUCUGUGAAUCCGUAAACCUUCAGAGAGAAAACUCCUCCGCUCACUAACACUGACAGUCUGACUUGAAAUGGUUUGGACAUUAUUCCUCUCUGUUCUUCUUUUUGCAAUAAAAGUGUUUUUAUUCUUCUUCUCAUUCUGUGCCUUUAAAACUCUUGACUCGGUUUUACCAUCUUUGACCACAAGGCGGCGACAAAAGUCCAAAGAAGAGUCUGUGGAUGACUCUGCAUAUUACUGUUCAACACAAGGCAAGAGCGUGGGUGUGUUAUAAGACAGUAAUAAAGAGUUUUAAUAACAAAAAGAAA